UUUUUUUUUUUUUUACUUCUUCUACAAUCCACCAGACGCCAUGACCUUUGAUACCCAUUUUCAAAUUCAGCAAGUCACCACCAUCUGACAUCGCCGCCGAUCAGCCUACCCCACCACCGUCCUCUGCUUUAAAUAUAUGCCUCCCCUUCUUCCUUCUUCUUUGACCUUCUCCAGUUUCCGUUUCUAACUUCUCUUCUCCUACUUUCCUUUGACUUCUGCUGCAUCACCGCUUUCACAACAGUGGAUCAUCUCUGAUGGCUUGUAAUGGCGUUAAUGGAGAUUCCCUCGGUAACGGCUUUCAUUAUGUUCUUGAAGAUGUCCCUCACUUGACUGAUUAUCUCCCUGACCUUCCGGGGUAUCCUAAUCCUUUACAAGAUAAUCCUGCCUAUUCUGCAGUCAAGCAAUAUUUUGUUAACGUGGACGAUGCUGUUGCUCAAAAUGUUGUUGUUCAGAACAAUAGUCCUAGAGGGACACAUUUUCGACGAGCUGGACCUCGACAAAAGGUGUUUUUUGAAUCCGAUGAAGUUCAUGCGUGCAUUGUAACUUGUGGUGGUUUGUGUCCGGGUCUUAAUACAGUGAUCAGGGAAAUAGUAUGUGGAUUGUACCACAUGUAUGGCGUCCGCACAGUUGUUGGAAUUGAGGCAGGGUACAAAGGCUUCUACGCUAGGAAUACAAUUCCUUUAACACCAAAAAUGGUGAACAACAUCCAUAAACGUGGAGGCACCAUCCUUGGGACCUCAAGAGGUGGCCACAAUACCACCAAGAUUGUUGACAGCAUUCAACAUAGAGGCAUCAAUCAGGUCUAUAUACUUGGAGGGGAUGGAACCCAGAAAGGAGCUGCUGCUAUUUUUGAGGAAAUUAAGAGGCGUGGCCUCAAAGUUGCGGUAGCCGGAAUUCCAAAGACCAUCGAUAACGACAUUCCAGUCAUUGACAAGUCAUUUGGUUUUGACACUGCCGUUGAAGAAGCUCAACGUGCCAUUAGUGCUGCUCAUGUUGAAUCAGAAAGUAAUGAUAAUUGCAUAGGUUUGGUCAAGUUGAUGGGUCGCAACAGUGGGUUUAUUGCAAUGUAUGCAACUCUCGCAAGCAGAGAUGUUGAUUGCUGCUUGAUACCAGAGUCACCCUUUUAUCUUGAAGGAGAGGGAGGCCUCUUCGAAUAUAUUGAGCAUUGUAUAGAAGAACAAGGACACAUGGUUAUAGUGAUAGCUGAAGGGGCAGGACAAGAACUUAUUUUGAAAAGCAUGCAUAAACUAGAUGAACAAGAUGCUUCGGGAAAUAAGCUACACCAGGAUGUUGGGUUAUGGAUAUCCCAACAAAUCAAAGACUACUUCAAAAAAAAGAAGAAGAUUACAAUAAAUCUCAAAUACAUAGAUCCUACUUACAUGAUUCGUGCAGUUCCCAGCAUUGCAUCAGAUAACAUAUUCUGCACCCUGCUUGCUCAUAGUGCGAUUCACGGUGCAAUGGCGGGAUACACAGGAUUCACAGUAGGGCCUGUAAACGGGAGACAUGCUUACAUACCAUUUAAUCGGAUCAUUGAAAGACAGAACAAAGUAGUGAUUACCGACAGGAUGUGGGCAAGGCUGCUGUCUUCAACCAACCAGCCAAGUUUCUUGCACCCUAAACAUAUGGAUGGCGAGCAGGAGAAUGGUAAGAAUCCACAACUCAAUGGGUAAGCAGUUCUACAGAAGAGAAGAAGAAGUUAUCCCCACACUUGUACUCUAAUUUACUUACAACUGUACUACCUCCUAGAGAUGAACUCAAUUAUUCUAUAGGUUGAGCUUGGUAUUAUUAAACCAGCCAAAUUUGUUGAGAUGUCGAGAUGGAAAAUAAGGUCAGAUGGGAUCAUCUGCCCCCACGAACUUCGACUUGUUCCAUAGCUCAUGUGCUGUAAUAAAAUAGUCUAUGUUCUUGACGGUCUUUCAUGAACUAA